AUGGACCUCAAGAUGGACAAUGGAGCAAGAGUUACUGCUAUUGCUAUCGGUGAAGUCACUUUGUAUCUGUCUGGUAGAGCUACUAUUGCAUUAGAUCUCUCUUUCUCGCCUUCUUCUUCUUCUUCUUCUACCGUUUCAUCCUCGCCACCGCUCUCCCGGGUGCCUACAAGUCCUUCUCAGUCGCCGACGAGGUUGUGGGCGCGGCCGCCGUAUGCGAAGGGCGGUGGGGGCGUGGAGGCCGGCAUCCGGGCGCUCUACCCCGUGAUGCUGGAGCCGCCAGAGCUGCGAUGGUCGUUCAUCAGGAAGAUCUACUCCAUCCUUUCCGCCCAGAUGCUCAUCACCGUCGCCGUCGCCGCUGCCGUCGUCUCCAUCCAUCCUGUCUCCCACUUCUUCGUCUCUUCCAGCGCCGGCCUCGGCCUCUACGUCUUCCUCAUCAUCCUUCCAUUCUUCGUGAUAUGCCCUUUGUAUUACUACUACCAGCACUACCCACUCAAUUAUCUUCUCCUCGGCAUAUUCACUGUGUCACUCGGCUUCGCUGUUGGAUUGACAUGUGCCUUUACAAGCGGGAAGGUUAUUCUCGAAUCUGUCGUCCUCACGGCGCUGGUCGUCGUGAGUCUCACGAUCUACACCUUCUGGGCUGCGGCGAGGGCCUACGACUUCACCUUCCUCGGCCCUUUCUUGUUCUCUUCCAUCAUGAUACUCUUCGUGUUCGUUCUCAUCCAGGUGUUGUUUCCUGUGGGAAGGAUCUCCGCCAUGAUCUACGGCGGGUUGGCCGCCAUCAUCUUCUGUGGCUUCAUCGUCUACGAUACCGAUAACCUGAUAAAGCGGUACUCCUACGACGACUAUAUUUGGGCUGCAGUAGCUCUCUAUCUCGACAUCAUCAACCUCUUCCUCUCUUUGCUCACUCUCUUCAGAGCAGCCGAGAGGUAGAACAGUAGAGGAGACAUCAUGUUAAUGAUUGUAAUUAAAGUUGGAUUUCUCCCCGUAAAUCUUACACUCUUAGGCCAUGGUUUGACAGUGGA